AUGGCAAUUUUCCCCAACCCCUGCCUCCUGGCUUAUCUGCUCACCCUCAUGGUCCUGCAGCUGCCCACACUGGAUUCAGCCCCCUUCGAUGUGUCCGCACCUCAGGAGCCGGUGCUGGCCCUAGUGGGCUCAGAUGCGGAGCUGACCUGUCGCUUCUCCCCAAACGCGAGCUCGGAGCACAUGGAGCUUCGGUGGUUUCGGCAGACUAGGUCGCCAGCGGUGCUUCUUUAUCGGGCUGGCCAGGAGCAGGAGGACCAGCAGAUGGCCGAGUACCGCGGGAGGGCCACGCUGGUGACCGACGGGCUCCCGGACGGCCGCGCUACACUGCGGAUCCGAGGUGUCAGGCUCUCGGACCAGGGGGAGUACCGGUGCUUUUUCAAAGACAACGACAGCUCGGAGGAGGCCGCUGCGCAUCUCAAAGUGGCUGCUCUGGGCGCUGAUCCUCACAUCAGUAUGGGAGUUAAAGAGAAUGGACAGAUCCAACUGAAAUGCACCUCCUCGGGGUGGUUCCCAGAGCCAGAAGUGCAAUGGAGAACUCCCUCAGGAGACAGAAUUCCAGUCACAGCAGAGUCCAGGAAUCGUGAUGAGGAAGGCCUGUUCACUGUGGCAGCUUCAGUGAUCAUCACAGACAGCUCCAUAAAGAAUGCGUCCUGCUGCAUCCAGAAUCUCCUCCUUGGCCAGGAGAAGGAAGUAGAGAUCUCUGUACCAGCUCCCUUUGUACCAAGGCUGACUCCUUGGAUAGUAGCUGUGGCUUCCGUCAUACUGGCCCUAGGAUUUCUCACCAUUGCGUCCAUAUUUUUCACUUGGAGACUAUACAAGGAAAGAGCCAGAGAGCGGAAGAGUGAAUUUGGCUCUAAAGAGAGACUUCUGGAAGAACUCAGAUGCAAAAAGACCGCACUGCAUGAAGUUGACGUGACUCUGGAUCCAGACACAGCCCACCCUCAUCUCUUUCUAUAUGAAGAUUCAAAAUCAGUUCGCUUGGAAGAUUCGCGUCAGAUCCUGCCUGAUAGACCAGAGAGAUUUGACUCCUGGCCCUGUGUGUUAGGCCGAGAGACCUUCACUUCAGGGAGUCAUUACUGGGAGGUGGAGGUGGGAGAUAGAACUGACUGGGCCAUUGGUGUGUGUAGGGAGAAUGUGGUGAAGAAAGGGUUUGAUCCCAUGACUCCUGAUAAUGGGUUCUGGGCUGUGGAGUUAUAUGGAAAUGGGUACUGGGCCCUCACCCCACUCCGGACCCCUCUCCGGUUAGCAGGACCUCCUCGCCGGGUUGGGGUUUUCCUGGACUAUGAAUCAGGGGACAUUUCCUUCUACAACAUGAGUGACGGAUCGCUUAUCUAUACUUUCCCCAGCACCUCUUUCUCUGGCCCCCUCCGCCCCUUCUUUUGCCUGUGGUCCUGCGGUAAAAAGCCCCUGACCAUCUGUCCAGCUGGCAAUGGACCUGAGAAAAUCACAGUCAUUGCUGAUGUCCAGGACACCGUUCCCUUGUCUCCGCUAGGGGAAGGCCCUGCUUCCGGAGAAGUGGAUACUCUCCAUUCUAAACUGAUAUCUUUCUCACCUAGCCAAGCGGCACAUUAAUGGCUCUUCCAGCUCCACAAUUCCCUUUGAUCUCCCUCACACUCCGAAGCUGCAGGUGCCCGUUUCCUAGACUCCUGUUUCUUCCUGGGAGGUCCUAACGUGUUUCUGUACCAAUAUUGGGGAGAUUGAGAGGAGAUUCCUAAACUAUUUCAGGUGCCCAUAUCCCUUCAGAUCAGAGCCUACACAGGAGGGCUUGGCAAAUCACCCGAGGGACCAAGAGGCAAUUAGGUUGGCAUGAAAUUGUGGCAGCAACAUUUGGAAUAGAAAUAUGUGGAACAACAGAUUUUAGGCAAGAGAAAAACAAAACCAAAGCACAGCAUGCUGGGAAAGGAAAGAUCUUAGGCUAAAAAGCCCAUAGAGAAAUUUAGAAAAGACAAGACAGAAACAGAUGAAGGGAAUGUGGUCCAGUUAGGUAUACUUGUCCUGUCUCUAGGGUUUUCAGGACUACAUCUCAACAUUUCGUAUCAAUUAAAUGUUUUGACAACUUCAUACACAUAUCUAAUGCAUUCUAAUUACUCUCACGCUCCUCUGUUCUGUCUUACUUCCCUCCCCUCCCCUCAUCAAUGUCCCCUUCUUGCUGACACACUGAGUUUAACCAGGGCUAUCCUGGGACACAUGGAUUGGUAGUUAUCCACUGAAGUUUGGUGGGCUCAAGAGGACAGGUAUACCUGAGUACAAUGAUUUCCCCUCUCCCACAGUCGAUCAGCACCCACUAGUUCAGCUGGGAAGGAUAGGGCCCCUAUCAUGGCUAACUGUUGACCGGGCCAGUUUUGUGCAGGCCUAAUUCUGGAAACUACAGUACCUUUGAGAUCAUGAUGCAAGUGUCCCAAAGAGAGCGUUUCUCAGCCAUCUCUCUGUCCCCUGGCUCCCAAGGUCUUUUGUCCUCCCUUCCAGGAUGUGUCUUGAACACUGUAUCUAAAAUUUUCUAAGGCAUGUUCUAGAGGAUGGAAGAGACUGGCCCUGCCUGUUUGGAAGCAGAGCUGUGAGCAAGCCGGGCAGGGACAGAAAGGAGUGGAGAUGAGCAGGAGAAGGAGACAUAGGCCGACUACAGAACAGACAGGGUUAUAACAGAGAAGAAAAGUUCCAGCAAACCCGUCAGGUUUAUAUCCGCAUGUGUCAGGCCUGCUCUUCCUUCUGUGUUCUCCUUUUCCCUGCCCCGUAGGUCAAUCCAACCUCACUUUACUGACUCCAUUAGGUAGGUGUGUGUGUGUGUGUGUGUGUGUGUGUGUGUGUGUGUGUGUGUGGAGAUAGAGGUUUUCUACAUGGCUCAGACUGAUCUUGGAUUCCUGAUCCUCCUGCCUCCACCUUCCAAGUGCUGGAACUGCAGCCAUGUCCACCAUACCUGGCAAAUCCGCCAGUUUUGAUUCAGCCUGCUCAGGCAACACCGUUUAUUUUUGCCAAUCUCAGCUGCACGCUCCCUCGGCCUUCACUGCAAUGUCCCCCCACCUCACGGGCACCUUCAGUUCCCUUCUGCUGCCAUUCUUCUCCACACUGUGCUGUUGCUUAAGGUAGUCUGCUAAGCCUUCCUGAUUCUGUUUUGCAUUAGGAGCCCCAGAGUCUCACCAGGAUGCUCAACAAGCAGGACAGUUUGCUCCUAUUUGUGUCUGCUCCCGUGCCCUCUGCUUGCUGGGGUUUGUUUUGCCGAUGACCUGUGUGUCUCCAAGCUCCUCUGUUUCUACUGUACUUUUUCCAGCUUCCAAAAAUGGAAGUUGCCCAUGGAUUUUGUCUAAUAAACAAACA